AUGGAUCAUGGAGAAAAAGAUGAAACUCAAGAAAAACCUGAAGCCAAGCGUCAUUUGUACUGUUUGUUGUAUACUCAGAGUACAGUGCACUGUUCCUUGCGGAACCUUUGCAUUAUCAACUCGAACUUUAUCGACAGUGGAGCUACUAUGAAUGGUGUCAGUCCUAGGUUCUGUUCGGAAAACGGAUUGUGGGAUCAAGUCGUUGACCACAACGAGCCCAUGGAGAUCACUCUUGUGGCUAAGCAGACCAUGACUCCGUACACGAAUGACUUCCUCGUCAUCGAUGUCCCUGAAGAGCAAGAUCUGCUGUUGGGUAUGCCAUGGCUGAAAGCCGUGAAUCCUGACAUUGAUUGGGUCAAUGAGCGCGUGGGGCCUCGUGUGCCGCCGCUCCAAGAGACUGGAGGUGACUACUUCACGCACAGAUUUUAUUCAGCGACUUCCGGAACAACAAAGUUUAUCACCGCCAAGCAAUUUCGGCGCAUGCUUCGAAAGCCUCACGGCAUUGAAUGCAUCUUCGUAAUUCGUCCGAAGACAGAAAAAGAGCGGCAAGGAAUCGGAAGCUGUUGA